AUGAGCGACAGACGAAGAAUCAAUGGGCCGGGAGGCACGACCAGCCCUCCGGCAUUUGCGCCUUACCCACAGGCUGCGACACCGUCACGACGACGAGUGAGGAAACCAAAUGAACUGCGCAAGAUCUUUCUACAGACCGGCAUAGUACCGUCGGCCAGCGGUUCAGCGUAUUUUGAACUCGAAAGUCCUCCGGCACCGACUCACUCUCUUGUACCUACGUUCUCCACCAUAAAAUUGUCAUGCUCUGUGCAUGGGCCAAAACCAUUGCCCAGAACCGCCUCAUUCUCGCCCAAUGCACAACUGACUGCAUCAGUCAAGUUUGCUCCAUUUGCGACCCGCGUCCGGCAAAGCUACGUUCCUAAUCAGACUGAAAAAGAUUUGGGAUUGCAUCUGGAAAAUGCCUUGAAAGGCGCUCUCUUGCCAGAUAGGUGGCCGAAGAGUGCUGUUGACGUUGCAGUCACAGUCCUCGAGGGAGAAGAUAACCAAGAGGAGGGAGGUCGAUACGCGGGGCUUGAACUCUUCAACCUACUGGCGGCAGCAAUUAAUGUGGCUAUGGCGGCGCUGGCAGAUGCGAAGAUUGACUGUUUGGACCUGUUGGCCGCAGGCGUCGCCGCUGUUGUCCCUGGACCCGACUCAAAGUUUCUGCGAAUACUAGAUCCUGCGCCUAUCGAGCACGAUGAGAUACGGUCGAGCUGUGUGGUGGGCUAUUUAUCAUCAAGGGAUGAGAUUGUGGAAGUGUGGUCAAGUGGUUCUAUCUCAACCCAAGGUGCUAAUGCAUCAACUGGAUUCGACGAACUGGUUGACGCUGCUGUUGCUGCCGCACGCGGAGCACAGACUGUUCUCAAGGAGGCCUUACUUGAGUCCCUGACAAGAAAUCAGAUGGCACUCAAAAAGACGAGUCAGGGAGAAAUGAAUGACGUUGAAAUGAAUAGAUGA